AUGGAUCUGUCCGAGGAUGGCAAACCCCGGCUUCAGCUGCCAGCCAGCUGUGAGCCACCUCAAGACAAAAGGAAGCCCCUUGUUUGGAUUGUUUUCGGCGGUACUGGGCACAUGGGCCGGUCCGUUGUCAAGUGUGCGCUGUCCAAGGGCGACUAUGUUGUGUCGAUUGGCAGAGUGUUUGAAUCCACUCCCGAAGAGAUGGCCAACAUCCAUGAGCAUUGCCUCGGCGAACUGUGCGAUGUGAGAUCGCGCGAAUCGGUUUCAAAGGUGGUCAAGCGCGCGCUUGAUCAUUUUGGCCACGUGGACGUCGUCGCAAACUGUUCAGGCUAUGGUGUCAUCGGCUCAUGCGAGGACCAAGAUGAGCACGAUCUUCGGAACCAGUUCGAGACCAACUUUAUGGGGACUCUACACAUUAUCAAUGCGACCCUUCCUUACUUUAGAAGGCAGAGCAACGGCAGAUAUCUCAUCUUCAGCUCCACGUCGGGUGCGCUUGGCGUUCCUGGACUUGGUCCGUAUUGCGCGACCAAGUACGCCGUCGAGGGUCUCAUCGAAGCGAUGCUCUAUGAGACAGACAUGUUCAACAUAAAAGCAACCCUGAUCGAACCAGGCUUCGUACGUCGAGACGAGCCCAUGACGAACGAUUCAGACAGUCCUCUGCCUAGUUUUGGCCAUUUCUUCAUCAAACCUGCUAGCGAGGGUUAUUCCGACGCCACGGCUCCCGCCCUACAUGCCAAGCGAAUGGUUCAGUGGCUCGGGGAUCGACAGCCAACGAGCGCAGUCAAGUGUGCCGAGCUUGUAUGGCAGCUCGCUCACUGCUCGUAUCCGCCGCUUCGCCUGCUGUUAGGCAGCUAUGCUAUCGAGAGUAUACGCGACAGAAUGCGCUCCGUCACGGAGGAGCUGGAGGAUUGGAAACAUUUGAACUUUGCUUCUCCGACUGGCGAGAAGGAUGAAGAAAAUAAAGAUGGCGCUAUGGAUACCAGCUCUUGA